AGACUUUUAGUUUGACACUAUGCUACAGCUCAAAGUAGCAUCGGCUGCUAAUGCGCUGCGCUCUGAGUGUGGGCGUUUGUUUAUCACUAUUUGAGCUCACUACAUUCAGUUGUGUUUCACUUACAGUAGACCAUAUCAUAGGUUUGGCCGCUGGAGGUCAUGGCUACUCCCGAGAACUUCGGUGAGGUGCGAGACCGGCCGGAGCCUUCCUUCCCCCGGGAUGGCAGCCCGAGCUCCGUGGACACAGACACGGCUGUCAUCUUGCUCGGAGCCGGAGUCACAGCACUCACACAUCCGCUGCUCUAUGUCAAACUCCUCAUACAGGUGGGACAUGAGCCUCUGCCCCCUACAGUGGGUACCACCAUGUUUGGAAGGAAGGUGUUGUACCUGCCUGGCUUCUUCUCUUAUGCACAGCACAUUGUGCGCAUCGAUGGGAAGAGUGGGCUUUUCAGGGGUCUUUCCCCCCGGAUUGUGUCCAGUGCCAUAUCCACUGUGGUGCGCAGCAGGGUCAAACAGGCUAUCCCAGCCAAGGAGGCAGAGAGCAUGCCCACCAGAGAUGACCUAAAGACAUCACUAAGGAAAGUGAUGAGAGAGACCUCCCAGGAGAUGAUAGUGCAGUGCCUGUCCAGGAUAGCAACUCACCCCUUCCACGUGAUCUCUGUGCGCUGCAUGGCCCAGUUUGUGGGGCGGGAGGUCAAAUACAGGGGUCUGUUCAGCAGUAUCAUGAAGAUCUUCCAGGAGGAGGGUCUCAGCGGCUUCUUUGUAGGUCUGGUGCCCCAUGUUCUAGGAGAGGUCAUGUUCCUGUGGUGCUGUAACCUGCUGGCUCACUUCAUCAAUACCUAUGCAGUGGACGACAGCUUCAGCCAGGCCCCUGCUGUCAGGAGCUACACCAAGUUUGUGAUGGGGAUCGCCGUGAGCGUGCUAACAUAUCCAUUCAUGUUGGUGGCUGAUCUGAUGGCGGUCAACAACUGCGGUCUGGCAGCUGGGUUGCCCCCCCACUCCCCACUCUUCAAGUCCUGGGUCCACUGCUUCAGUCACCUCAGCCAGCAGAGCCAGCUGUUCCGAGGUUCCAGCUUCUUCUUCCGCCGAGUGCCUGUGACCGCCCUGACCACCCUGCCUGUUGAUUAGCCACGCCCACAAACACUGGCCCCGCCCAGCUGAGACGGGCCCGUCCUGUGUCUGGAGAAGCCACACCCUCUCCCUGUGACAUCACCUGAACUCUGACUAAUAACCCAAGGUGCCCUUGACCUUGGCCAUUGACCUUUCAUUGACCUUCACCCUAAUCCUAGCACGUGCUGUGACCCCUUCUCUCAGGAAUAACCCCACAUCUACCGAGUGCCCCUUCUCCUCUCCUCCGUCUCCUCCUCACUCCUUCUCCUCUCCUCCUUCUCCUCCUCACUCCUUCUCCUCUCCUCCGUCUCCUCCGUCUCCUCCUCACUCCUUCUCCUCUCCUCCGUCUCCUCCGUCUCCUCCU